UUUUUCCCAGAUGGCGUAUCCUUACAAACCUACUUUUUUUGCUAAAUAUCCUGAAUAUAUUCCUCCGACAAGUGAGGAGGAUGCCUUAGUUGACCCUAGGGAGAAGCUGAAACCUCCGUGUAUAGAGAAGUGUGCCAAAUUCACCAAACUCUACGAUCAAUGUGUUGACCGCGUUAGGGUAAGAAAUGAGAAGAUAAAGAGCGGUGAGUCGGAUCUCGAACAGGGCCAUUGUCUAGGCCAACACUACGAGUUAGUUUCUUGUGUCGACACUUGUGUUGCCAAGGACUUAUUUCGGUACCUGAAAUAGCAUUAAUUUAUAAUUUGUCAUCGCAUUUGACCUUAUUUUCUCUAAAGAACAACUAGAUUUUAAUUUUUUCACUAAUCACAUA